AGAAACAUGAUGUCUGCACAAUCAUAUCAGUUCUAUAGUCAUUUUCAUACUUUCUUUCUUUAACUAUCUUUCCUCCUUGUUUACAGGAACAUCUGCACAAAGCAGGCAGUGAGGAGGUGAUGGCUGCAAACAGCACCUUCAUCAUCAGUGAUCAAGCUGAUGAUUUGCUGAUGGGAAAGUUUGAUGCAGCCAGGCUGAAGAUAGCAAUCCUGUCUCAGUUCAAUGACUUGCAACAGCAGGCCUUUGUGAUUUGCUGUCCGGACAUGUCACCAGACUUUGUGAUUGAAAAGUCAAGAGUGCUGAAGAAGAUGGCAUGGGUCCAGGCUGUCGAUGCCAUGGAUGUCAACCAGGGACCUUGCCUGUUGGUUGAAACACCAGUGAAGAUAGCAAUGGCCAGGGAACUCUGCAAGCGGGCCCAGAAGUGUUUUGGACUUGACGAGGAUUCCCUCACCAAGCUAGCAGCAAUAUCUGGUACAGACGUACAAGAUCUGAAGAUCUUUGUGCAAAGAAAUCUUCCCAUGUGCACAAAGUUGUUGUCAGAUGACACAGACUGUGCCCCUCCAGAUAACAUCCGUACCUUAGCAAGCCUGCUGUCAAAAAACAGCAGCACUCUUCUGACCCUUGGGCUGGCAAACUGGUCAUUCACAACAACCAUUCCUGUCAUGGGAUUUGGUGGGAAGGCACUGAAUAUUGUUGUCUACUUCUUGUGUAGGAUGAUUGACGAACAAGCAGAGUGUGCAAAGGACCUGCACAACUUUGCAUUCAACAAGUAAUUACAAACUUUAAGACUUUGUAAGGACUUACUAAGAAGAAUGUGCUAUGUUGAUCGUUGAGUUUUACAUGCUCUAUAGCACAUAUGCCAGCUUCAAUUUCUAGGGAAAAGCAAUGGCAUAACUCUUUCGAAAUGUAACUUACUGAGCUACUGAGUAACGUAAAAUGCAAGAUGAAGUCAGCUGACCUGACCAAGCAGCCAGAACAUAUCAGGUUUAUGUUAUCAUAUCAUAUUUCUAAGAACUAAGCUGUCAAAGCACUGUGGUAUCUCUUGAAAACUUUUAAUCUGCUGCACUUGUAAUUGAAUAGCAGCACACUAAGAUUAUCAAAUAUACACUGUCACAGUGAGUGAACAUGCACAGAAUCUUUGAAGUAUUGUAGUUUUAGUUGUGUUUUUAAAAUCAUUGGUUCAUUAUCAAAGAGCAUAUUACUAUGGUGACAUUUUGUUUAUUAAGAACAUCUUGCUGUAAUUUGUAACACAUCUUUGGUAAGUAGGCAGUAAGUCAUAUUUUCACAUGAAAUUGCACAAGACAAUUGACAGACAAGGUGUGAUUAAAAAACACAAAAAUGUACAGAUGGUUGGCUACUUAAUGUUAGCACUAAUUCAUGUUUGUUACUAUGAAAAAAUUCAUAAAAUGAUCAUGUAUGAUACACAUUAGUGUUAUAGGUUAAUACAUGUAAUUGGAAAACUGGAAAUGUGCACCUUUAAGUCAUCUGUUAUUUAACCUAUUGCUUGCUGUUCCCCAGUUUGUCAGUGAUGUUGAAUCAGUCAUCUUCUAUGUUAAUGGAUGGAUCAAAGUUGUGAGCCAGGAUCCUCACCUACAGAACAGUUAAAUACAUUUUAGUGUGCUUGUCUUAUUAGUCCAAGUAUUAAAUAUACUAAGCAAUGUUUAAAGACUAACAGGUUAUUGAAUAUACAUCAUUUAACUGAAAUAAAUGAAUAAUGAUUCUAUUGGUUUAAGGGGAGUUUGAGUUGAAUCAAUUCAAGCUAUAAUUUGGACAUUUCAAGGUACUAGUAUUUGGCUGCAAUAUUCAGAUACAGAUAUUAUUCUCCAAACAUGACAAAAUCUACAUUCCUAAUGUAUUAGUGAUUAUUACUACGAUGUAUAUAAUUGUAUAUUGGAAAAAUGAACUACACAUAUACGGAAUGUCAUAUUCAAGUUCAGUAAUUUAGUAAUUCAGAUUUUGACAUAUAUUUAAACCAGAAUCUUAUGAUACCUGCAAAAACUGAAAUCACAGCAAAAAUGUAGCAUACAAAGUAAUGAUAAAGCUCAACGGUAUACAAAAAUAAAGAUGUUGGGCCUUA